AUGCAGAGGCGUCAAGGCUUUACUGGGGGUGCAAAUCUACCGGUCACUCGCAACUUUGUCGAAUUUUUGGAUCUCUACGGCGCAUUUGCAGGUGAAGAUCUGGCAGACUCAGAUGAAGAGGCGAUUGAAGACGAAGAGGACGAAGAAGAAGAGACCGGCCCUCCAACAGAAACCAGGCCGCUUCUUGGCCGGCGAAAACUAUCACGGAUCCAAAAGAAGGGUGAUGCAAGCAACACGAAGACAUUCUUCACACUCUUGAAGGCUUUUAUCGGUACGGGUAUCAUGUUCCUACCCAAAGCCUUCAACAACGGUGGGAUUUUAUUCUCCUCUUUAACUUUGCUCUUUGUUGCUGCCAUCUCUAUGGUGGCAUUUCACCUGCUACUUCAAUGCAGAACGCGCUACGGUGGAGGAUACGGCGACAUUGGCAGCGCCAUCGCCGGCCCGAAAAUGCGAGCGGUCAUCUUGGGCUCGGUGACAUUGUCUCAGCUCGGGUUUGUAUGUACGGGGCUGGUCUUCGUUGCGGACAACUGGUGGUCAUUCCUGCAGGCCGUCACCUCUGGCGCGAGCCCUCUAACAACCAAGAUGCUCAUUGCCAUCCAGGCAAUCUUGCUGAUCCCGCUGUCUUUUAUCAGAAACAUCUCCAAGCUGGGAUUCGCUGCUCUGCUUGCAGAUGUAUUCAUUCUAAUUGGUCUCGUCUACAUCUGGUACUACGACAUUUCAUCCCUAGCAACGAAGGGUAUACAUAAAUCAGUAGAGCUGUUCAACCCACAUUCAUAUACGCUCACCAUUGGUGCUUCCAUAUUCACUUUCGAAGGCAUUGGGCUGAUUAUACCAAUCCACUCAUCAAUGAAAAAACCAGAGAAGUUUGAGUGGCUUCUUGGUGUGGUAAUGCUGAUCAUCACCUGCAUCUAUACAUCGGUUGGCGCUCUCAGCUAUGCAACCUUCGGAUCUGAGACGCAGAUCGAGGUAAUCAACAACUAUCCCCAGGAUAGCAAGCUCGUCAACGCUGUUCAAUUCAUGUACGCUCUGGCGGUACUGAUCGGGAAUCCAGUGCAGCUAUUCCCAGCGAUGCGCAUUCUAGAAAGCAAGAUAUUUGGUCAUCGGUCGGGGAAAAGGGAUCUCAUGACCAAGUGGAAGAAGAACUGCUUUAGAUCCGCGCUUGUAGGGGUAUGCAUUGGUAUAUCAAUUGCAGGCUCGGCGAAUCUAGAUAGAUUUGUGGCGUUGAUUGGAUCGUUCGCAUGCGUGCCUCUGGUAUACAUUUAUCCGCCUUUCCUUCACUUGAAGGGCGUAGCUCAGACGAGGCUGGCGAAGACAGGUGACAUUGCACUGAUGGUUCUCGGAGCGUUUGGCAUGGUCUACACAACAGCAAUCACAAUUUUGAAUAGCUUUAUGUCUAUACCAGCAUAA